AUGACGAUCGCACCACCUUGUCCUACUACACCACCACCUACAAAAAAUCCAUCCGCACCCCCUUCAAAUCCUAUGACAACACCUCCCAUAGUCUCUCCUUCCACACCACCGCCAAGUCCUACGGCAACACCCCCUAUGAUCUCUCCUUCCACACCACCACCAAGAUAUUUGAUACCCCCGCCUAAGAUAACUCCUACGACGUCACCUACUUGUCAAAUAGGAAGAUUGAGUGUUUGUGCCAAUGUGUUGAAUGUUGUGAAUGUAGGUAUUGGACAAGAUACUAAGCCUUGUUGCAACCUCAUCAAUGGUCUUAUUGACCUCGAAGCCUCUAUAUGUCUAUGCGCUGCACUUAAGGCUAAUAUCUUGGGAAUCAUCAUUAUUGUGUAA